CAACCGGUUGACCAAUGAAAUCACACGUCGUCACAGACCAGGAAGUCAUCUACAUGGAAUCUACCGGUUUCUUGAAGUUCCAUCUUAUGCUUUAGCACAACUUUAUUCGGCUUGAACGCGAUGCUGCUGCUGCUGGUGCUGAGCGCCCUCCUCUUGCUCUUCUGCAAUCUAGAUGUGUGGUACUUCCUACGGGGGGCCCUGGUGUUUUUCCAGGCCUGGUUCCAGCCCAGAAUCAGGGACAUUCUAGCCGAGCAGCGCUACGACGGCAUGGUCCUCCCGCACGACCUGGACUACUUAGGCCACAUGAACAACUCUAGGUAUUUAAGGGAAUGUGACUUUGCUCGCUUCCACCACUACAUGAGAAACGGGCUGUUCAUGGCCUCCUGCAAGCUGGGCGCCAGGAUGGUGGUGGGGGCCUCCACCAUCAGGUACCGGCGCUCUUUGGAUUUCCGAGAGCCUUUCGAGAUCCGGACCAAAGUCCUGGGAUGGGAUGAGAAAGCGUUUUACUUGGAGCAGCGUUUUGUGUCGAAGAAGGAUGGCUUUGUGUCUGCGGUCAUGCUCUGUAGGCAGAAUGUGGUGCGCUGCAGCCCCGAGAGGAUCAUCGAGUUUGUGUGCAAAGCAAAGAUCGAGUGUCCAGAGUUCCCAGAGGAGCUCAAACAUUGGAUCAGCUUCAUCACCGCCAGCAGCCAGGCGCUGCGGGCGGAGAGCGGUCUGGACAACAAGGACAAGUGAAGCCACACCCCACAGCUCCCCUCUAGCAGAAACACGUUAAAAUAGUCCACAUAUCUCAUUUGGAUCUCCCCUGCUGUAUAUUUUUGUAUAAAAAUGACACAACAGUUAAACGUGGAGAAAUGACGAUAAAGAGGAAACAGUCAACGAUAUCAUACAUUUCUCUUUUUCCGUCGACUUUUGGAUUGAAGGGAUCGAUAUUCUCAUUUAGCGCUUCAGAAACAGCAUGUAGCUCUAAAGUGACCCUUCCUCCGACAUUACUGCAUGUUUUAAAACAAUCACAAUAUUUUGUGCCUGUUUCUGGUAGUUUACGAUUACAGAGAAGUCUUAUUUGACUAAAAACUAUAAAACAAAUAUGAUGAAAUGCUUGAAUUAAAUGCUGAUCCUGUACUGUACUUACAUGUGUUUGAUUUCUCCCUUCAGUAUUUUUGCACUAAUUGUUUUUGGGAAGAAACUGGAAGGGAAUAUUCCACUUUAGAAGAUCCAUUUAUCUGCAGAGUAUUUAUUUUUUCUUGUUGGAAUGAGCAGCAGCUUUUCGGUGGAUGAAGACGCAUGUGUGGUUGAGUUCUGACCGACAGACUGAAGCUGAAACGGGUUUGUUUUGAAAAGCUGAAACGCACAAUUAACUCUGAAUGUUUCAAUGCUGGUUUGGAGGAAAACAUUUGAAGUUGUGCAGCCUUCUUAAUAUUAUCUGAGCUUAUCUUCUGACCAAAGUAAUGUAAUGUUUUGAAAAUUUAAGAGAUGAAAUUGUUGUUAAUGCACUGACCAGGAAAUGCGGUCUGCAGACACUGAAGUUUGUUUGUUUUCUGUCUGUGUUUCAGUAUGAUGUCCUGAAAACUAUUUAUCAGAUUUUAUUUAUUAUAUUUCAUUUUAAAAUAAAAAUGAAAUGGAAACCUC